GGGGGUCGGAGGUGGGAAAGGCCGUGGCCUGGGAAGAGAGAGAUUCUGCAGAUCCCGAUGCUGAAAAUCCACGCCGCCAGAACCUGCCCACUUUCCCUUUAUUGCAUCGUCCCACCAUGUCCUCCGCACCUAUAACCAUCCAUUGUUCACUCACUCACUCACUCACCCACCCUUUCUAUUCUGCCUUUUGCCUUCUUCCUUUCUAGCCAUGAUGAAGGGUCUUGGCCUGAAGUGUUAACUGUUCAUUUCCCUCCCUGGAUGCGUUUUGUGUCUGCUGAUGAAGACGAUUUUAAAAUGGCAGAUAGGCUGAUGACAUACGAAACCCAGUUCUUUGGGUUUUCUCCUCAGACUUGUGUUCUCCGAAUUCACAGUGGAAUCCAGGAUUCUCUCCUUGAUGUGAUGCUUGUUGUGGAACGAGUAAUCCUUAAGAAACUGAAGGAGCACCCAGACAACAGUAUCACACCAUCUCAACUCCGUGCCUGUACAGAGAGUUUUCUCCAGUUGAUGAAAGAUCGUUUGGAUGCAGUCUUUGAAAAGGUUGAACAAGGAAUUUUACAGCAUAUUUUUUGUAUUCCUGAAAAUAUUCUGCUUCGUGAAGACAAUGUUCAAGAGCAGCACUUAUACACACAGGAACAGUACCAGGAACUUUUGAUGGAAAUCUCUCGGCUUCAACAAUGUUAUAAAUGUGAAAUAACAGCCAAGCAUGCCUUUCUUAGUGAAUUGGAAGAGCAAAAGAUGGCUGAGCUGAAAUUGGAGCAGAGGAUUCACUGGUUGAACAGCUUGGAUCAUAUGUGGAAGGAUAAUGGAAUUAACAGAAUUCCAGAGAGCCUGGCCUUUGUUACAGAGUUGGCCCUCAACAUCCCAGCAGUGCUUGCAAAAAUUGAAGAGCAAUACAAGGAUGAAUUAAGACAGAAGAGAGUGCAUGAAUAACAAGCAAUUGGAUGCAACACAAAAUGUAAUUGAGGUCAGAUCAGGUGGCAGAGUGAGGCAAUCUGUCAUCUUCUGGAUGCUGUAAAUUAAAGGGCUGUGAACUUUACCGCAAAAUAGACCAUUCUCAUUCUUGUCUAAGACACAAUACAGACAUAAAAUUACUUAAAAGCAGUUUAGCAAGUAGGAAAAGUGAUAUACAAAGUGUUCUGAGAUCCUGCACGUAUUGAACAGUAUGAAUUCUUUUGAAAAUGUUAAGAAACUAGUUAUGUAGUACAAAACUCAAUAAAGCUUGCUUUCUGUGGUAAAUUUAUUAAGUAAUUCACCUCAGGCUGUCUACCCAUGUGUUAUAGCACGAGAACAGGCCCUUUGGCCAAACCACAGCAUUCUCCCUACUUGUGUUAGGCCCGAACCCUUCAAGUGUAUUGCAAGUGUACCUGCCUCAACCACUUCCUCUAACAGCUCCUCCCAGCACUACUCCGGGUGUAAAGAAGUUCCCUCCUAGAUCUCUUAAAUCCCUCCCAUCUUAAGUCUGCCCUCUGGUUUUGGACACCCCAGCCGUGGGGAAAAGACGGUGAUGGUCUACCAUAUCUCUACUCAUGAUUUUCCAAACUUCUGUGAGAUCAUCUCUCAUGCUGCAAGGAUCCAGCCUGAGCAACCUCUUCCUAUAACUUAGGCAUCAAUCUCGUGUAAAUAUCUUGCAUUCUCUCCAGCCUGAGGCUGGAGAGAGGUCUCUCUUAUGACAAGGAGACAAAAACCGUACACAAUUCUCCCAAGUACAACCUCACCAAAGACUUAACCAUCUGCAAUAUAAUGUCCCUACUCCUAAACUCAAAGCUGUGACUGAUGAAAGCCAGCAUGCAGCUCAUGAUGUGAUUUACCAAUAUAUAAUCACCCUUCAGACUCUUUUACUUUGGGGGAAAUAGUGGCAGCUGAUCCCUCUGUUCCUGGUAACAUCCUCAUGAAUCUAGUCUGGACCCUUUCCUAUGGAAGGGAAAUUGAACAAAUAACAGAAUACACAGUAGUUGGGAGGACAUUGGUGAUAUGGUGGAAGAGACUAGAGUUGAUCUGAUUCUAAAGGCAGCAGGAUGACAAGAUUUUCAAUAGUCGAGGUAAUGUGAUUUCCUCCUCAGGUCAAACAAUUCUGAUUCAAUCCCACUUGGGCAGUGUGCAGUUUGCAGACCAAGUUUAUUGGGCACUCUAGUUUACUGCACGUUCCAAUGAUGUGUUGAAAGGCUACUGUAAACUGCCCUGAUGUAGCUAAGUGAUAGAGGGAGCAAUGGAGUGUUAAUAGCAUGAGAAAUGAAA